AUGUCUCGCAUUUUCAUCAAUAACAUUAACUCCUAUGUGGGCCGCGAAUUGUUUCAAGAAAUCAGAGGUGAUCCUGAAGAAGAAAGCUCUAAUGUGUUUAUUGCCACCUUAGAUCCAAACGAUAACUCUCCAAGGCCUGCUGGAGUCAAAAAAAUUCUUACUCCCCCCCUCCGUGAGUGAACAAAAAAAUUUUGUUCACUCACGGAGGGGAGUUAAUUUUUGUUUUUUAAAAAAAAUUUCUAUAUAAUUUUUAUAAAAAAUAUUUUUUUUCGAAAUUUAAAAAAAUCCUAAUUCGCAAAAUUGGAAAGCAAAUAUUAAUUUAAUUUAUAAAAUUUAUGUUUUAAAAAGCAAUUCGUUUAAAAUUAAAUAGAAUUAGCUCUCUAGAUUUCAUUAUACUAAUUAUCAUUUAUAUAUCAAAAUUUUUUUCCAUAAAAAAUUUUUCUAUUAAAAAAAUUUUUGUUCACUCAUGGAGGGUGGGUUUUUGGGCAAAAAAUAGCGAUUUUUCUAAUGGUUUUGUUCACUCACGGAGGGGGGGGAGGGAGUUAGAGUAAUUUUCAUUUAGCGCGAUAAGCCAAGACUUUUCAAGAAAUACUUGCUUGAAUGUGAUUUAAUUAUUUAUGAUCUCCACACAGGAAAUUUAGCUGAAGUUGAAGAAAAAUUGAAACUCUUUAAAACAACCAAAUUUGAAGAGGCGAAAACAAUUGUUUUGAUUUCAAGUGCGUUGGUAUGGGGAAACACUCCACCAAAAAUGGCUCAAGUUCUUACUGAAGAAGAAAAAUCUAAACUUAUCGAUCCUGACGAUCCUGAAGCAUCAAUUGAAAAAGACAAAGUAACUGAAAAAUCAAUUAUUGAACCUCAGCCUUCUGAGAGAUCACAAAUAAUAGAAAAAGGAGAAGGAGUGGCAGAAGGAGAAGAGCUAAAAGUAGAAGAACCUAAAGAGCCUGAAUUUGUCACAGUUCAAUUUGAAGAAAGUGACUAUUUACAAAGAAAGCCAAGCCAAAAAUAUGAACAAUGGAAAAUCUUAACUUAACUUAUUAACCAUGACGUUUAACGUCUCCUACGGGGUUGCUCUUCCAGGACUACCACCACGCUCUCGUCGCUCGGGGCCCACUAGUUGCUGGGACAGCUAGCUUUGAUCUCCAACGCGCACCUCCUGCGCGAUGUUCCGGCUUCGACGGCUCAUGAUUGAGCUACUUACUUUCUCUGUAACGAGGGUUGUCUGCUAGGGAAAUUCCAAAAAAUGGUAUUUCUGGCCGACUUUCGGCAAAAGAGGAAAACUUGUAGCCCCGGGGCGAAACUCCCGGUUUCUCGCUAGAGAUUUGCCCGAAUGGCCUAGGGAUUACCUGUAGGCGCUGCUGGGCUUCUCCUUUCCAACUCCAAGCCUCCUCUUCCCUCGAGGUAAAAUCCUAAACCCGAGAACGGACUGGGAUCAGGCUCUGUACACUGCCAGAAUUGCUUACCUGAUAUUGCUGUCCAUCUCUAGCUAGGCAAAACCUUGCCGGAUAUAAUUAAAUAGGGCUCGAAACUGUCUGGCCGAGAGGCCAGACCCAAGUUGAGACGCCAUAUUUAAUUAUGAACAAUGGAAAAUCAUUGAAGAUUUAGUUUUAAACUUAGGAACCAAAGAAAACGUGAAUAUAUAUAUUAUUUGCUCAGGAAUUUUAUACGGAAAUGGUGAAAAAGUAUUCAACUACCACUUUAGAUCAGCCUGACUUGAGAAUCCAAGAGCUCUGCCAUACAUUUUUCCAGGAGAUAAUUACAUUCCUACUAUCCACAUAAAAGAUUUAGCAAAAGUUGUGAAAUUCGUAAUUGAGACCAAACCAGAAACAAAAUAUAUUUUUGGAAUUGAUAAAACCCUAGAGCCAUUGCAGAAAUCAAUUAUUCAAGCUAUAUCUAAAGGAAUAGGCACAGGAGAAAUAGAGCCAGUCGAGAAGUUUUCAGAAGAAUACCAAGAAUGGUAUGAAGAAUUAGGAAUAAAUGUCUGGAUGAAGCCUUCACGCUUAUUAAUUCCAGAACCUGAAGGAGAAGAAGAAGCAGUUUUGCCAUUCACCUGAAACUAUAUUGGAGGAAUUGCUGAAAACAUUAGGAGGCUAAACGAAGAAUACAACAAAAUGAGAGGCCUCAAACCUAUUAAAGUGUUUAUUACUGGCCCACCAGCAGCUGGAAAAAGCCAUUAUGGAGCAUUACUAGCUGAACACUAUAAUGUACCUCAUAUUCAUAUUUCAGACUUGCUAAAAGAAAUUGCAGGGUCAGAGACUGAUAUAGGUAGAAUGAUAGCUGAGUCUGAAGGAAGAGUUGACGAUAAACUUGUAGCUGAAGCCUUUAAGUUGAAACUUAAGUCAGGACCCUGCAUGAAUCGUGGUUAUAUUUUAGACGGGUGGCCUCGCACAUAUGAAGACGCUAAAAACUUAUUCAUGAGAGAAGUGAUUUCAACUGAGCCUGUUGAAGAUGGAGAAAGAAAUGUGGAAGCUGAGGAGGAAGAAGAAGGAGCCCAUUUAGCUCCAAAAGUAUAUGAAAAUGAGACAGAAAUUAUCCCCAACAAUGUCAUAAUUCUUAGAGCAGGCGAUGACUUUUUGAUAGACAGAGUCAGAAAGCUUCCUGCUGGAAAAGUCAAAGGGACUCAUUAUUCUGAUGAAGGAAUGAAGCGCCGCUUACAGUUUUACAGAGAGAAAAAUGACAGUGAUAAAGAAACUCCAGUUCAAGCAUUUUUCAGCGAUUUAAAUAUAGCUUUUUGCCUUGAGUGGCGCGGUAUUGCGCCACUUCGGCAAGCUCCUUCUUCCAGUUGGCCGAGCCAACUCAGGUUGGUUCGACCAACUGGAGAAUUGACAAGUGAGGCCUUUUGGGGAGACUUGUCAAUUCUAGUUGGCCGAACCAACCUGAGUUGGCUCGGCCAACUGGAAGAAGGAGCUUACCGAAGUGGCGCCCGUACCGCGCCACUCAAGGCAAAAAAGCAUACUGAAAUCUAUGAAUGUGAAAGCAACAUUGAAGCAAUGGAAUUGCUCUAUAACAUGAGGGUUUAUAUUGAAAGAGAAGGAAGACCAUUUAACUUUUUAGCUUCAAUUGAAGAACUGGAAUGGCAAAGAAUCAAUCUUAUUGAAAUGAGAGAAAAGGAAAAAAUGAGGAAAUUGAUUGAAAAUGAAGAACAAGUCAAAAAGUUAGCUGAAGAAGAAAAGAGGAAAAAAGACGAUAAAGCGAGAAAAUUAUUUGAGCAGCUGAAAGGAAAAGAUUUAAACUUAAAAGGAGUCAAGGAAAUGCCGCUUAGAUCAUAUUUAAUGGAAAAUGUGAUUCCAUUUUUGUCAGAAGGGUUGUUACAAGUUUGCAAAAUAGUUCCUGAAGAUCCAGUGGAUUAUCUAGCUGAAUUUAUGUUUACUCAAAGUAAUCAGCUUAGAAAGCAUAACUAA